AGCAGCAGCAGCAGCAGCCAUGGCGGGUGUGUGAUUGGAAUGAAUGCCAGGGAGGGAAAGGCGGCGGCGGCGGCGCCUUUGACGGAAUCGGCGGCUUCCCUCCCUCCCCCUUUUUUUUCUUGAAUGAACCGUGAGGUGGGGCUAAGCGACGAAGCGGCCCCAUUUGCUCGCCUCCUCCGUCUCCUCCCCUUCGGGCUGCGGAGAGAGGCAGGGAGAGAGCGGGCUGCCCUGGCCUCCCCGGCGGCACUGAGGAAAAAGACGAGCAGGAGGCCGCUGGGCAUUGGGGCAGCUCAGGGCUGGCAGUCCUUAAGCGCAUUGAAGGGCGGGAAGGGCAGCAAGCAAGACCGCCUUAUUCCCCCCUCGUUUGCCUCAGAAGGGGAACCCCCAAACUACUUUCUUUUUGAGUCUACACCCCCCUUUCCCGGAUUUUUCAGUCAGUCAAAAAUGCCUCUGCUGCUGAAUGGACACCGACAGACACCACGCUGCAUUGGGGAAGCUCUUCUCGCGCUCAUUCAAAAGCCUGCCUUGAAAUAAUGCCUUUUUUUUCCCUCCCUGCUUUGGUCGUUGUUCAUUUGUUGGCUCCCGUCUCUUCAAGCUUUCUUGCGUUUUGACAUCCCUUUGGAAAUGUCACGCCAACAGGAGCCUUGGAAGCGUUUCUGGGAGUCAGAACAGUCCAAGUGAAGGCGGCUUUUCCUUCCAUCCCUGCUUUUUCUGGUUUGGACCCUUUUGCAUUUUUUCCCCCUCAUUGAGGACAUGAUUUUAUUUUCAUUUUUGUCUCCCAAUAAGAAAAUGGGAUUUCUCAUCCAUAUUCAUUUCUGCACAAAGGAAGAAAGGCUUCUGAAAAUAGACUUUUUGUGAUAAAUAUUACCUGUGGAAUACAGUAUUGGCUGCCUUUGAAAUCUGGUUUCCAUCCUGGAUCACAAACUGAAGAGGAAACGCUGGGAAGGCGGAAAUACCUUUGAGACCCCGAGGACUCCCCCACACCUCAACCAAUGGAACUGCAUGGAGUGAAACAACUGGAUUAUAUAUAAACACCGGCACUUAUUAUUACUGGCUGCUUUUUCCCCCCCUCUGGGUGGGUGGGAGACAUUUCAUCGGCUUCUGUGUCUUUUUUUCCCUCUGCUUAUUGUCCACCAUGGCUCAUCCUGGGAUAAGAGGUUACGACAACAGGGAAAUCGUGCUGAGGUACAUCCAUUACAAGCUGUCGCAGAAAGGAUAUGACUGGGUUGCCAGUGGAGACAGAGGAAACCUUGCUGCUGCUGCUGCUGCUGCUACUCCUAGUGCUCCAACUGUGUCAGCAUCUCUUUCCCCAGAGCUUCUCAAUUCUGAUCCUGUGAGUACCAAUGCCCCCAGGGAAGAACCUGACCCGGUGCCACAGGUUGUCCAUACAACAUUACGCCAAGCCGGAGAUGAGUUCUCCCGACGCUAUCGGAGGGACUUUGCUCAAAUGUCUGGCCAGCUGCAUUUGACCCCCAGCACUGCCAGAAGUCGUUUUGUGGCCGUGGUGGAAGAGCUCUUCCAGGACGGUGUGAACUGGGGGAGGAUUGUGGCGUUCUUUGAAUUUGGUGGCAUGCUGUGCGUGGAGAGUGUCAGCCGGGAGAUGUCCCCCCUUGUGGACAAUAUUGCUACGUGGAUGACUGAGUAUCUGAACCAGUACCUGCGCAACUGGAUCCAGGAGAACGGAGGCUGGGAUGCCUUUGUGGAGCUCUACAGCAACAACAUGAGGCCUUUGUUGGAUUUUUCGUGGCUGCCUCUGAAGACAAUCCUAAGCCUGGCUGUUGUGGGUGCAUGCAUCACUCUUGGAGCUUAUUUGGGGCAUAAGUGACUUCUACCGGCUUGUGAUGAACUGGUGAAAAAAUCUCUCCAUCUCUUUUAUUUUUAAGGAACUGAAAAGAAGGGAGCUGGGAGAAGAAAAUAAUAUCUGGUAUUUUGUUUCCCUUGUAGCAUAAUGCUAUUAUUUUAUGAGCCAAGUAUCUUUCUCUCUAAAUAUUAAAUCAGCUAUUACUGCCAAAGGGAAUAUUCAUUUAUUUUUUACGAUGCAGAAGAGUUAUUUAUUAAAUAAUAAUUUUACAUUUAACCUGCUAUUUUCCUGAAAUUCUGCAAACUGUACAACCUUAACUGUUGUAAUGAACUUUUGAGGAGACUCCAAAGAUCUUCAACAUUCCAGAAAAUAUUGUGUUCAACUGACUUAUUUUAUUACAGUACGUUCUAGAAUGGGCACAGAAGCAUAUGUGUCUUGUUCUUACAAAAGGUAAUUAAUGAGCUGCUAAACCCAUUAUGGAUUCUUCAGAUGGCGUUUCAACUCUACCCAUGGAAUAGAUAAUCUGAAAUGCAGCAAGGAUAAGAUCAAAGCAAAAUGCUAAUUUUAGGAUAUUGUGAUUGAACAUGGUACCUAUCUACAUGAGAAGCUGAUGGGACAUUGAGGCCAGUAAUAGUUUAUGUAGUAAGUGCCCAUCUUCGCACCACCACCACAAGCCAAUAACUGUGUUUUAGAAGACUCCACAACUGGAUCACAGCUGGAAAUAAAGGUUUGCACAGCUUGUGAAGUAUAUUAUUAUAUUGUAUGGUAUGUCAUCCCACACCAGGCUAGGUCCUCAGAGGGAGCCAUUUUGUGCAUCUUCAAGCCUGGUAUGAAGUAACUUGACAUUGCAAAACACAGCUGAUCCCGUGUACUCUUCAGCCAUAACUUUAUACAGCAACCCACGACCAUCAGGAAACCAUAAGUGCCUGUGCCUGCCUCACAAGAACUGCAGCCUGGGAGCCCCACCACCAACAUACUUUUAUCCACCACUGAUCCCCGCUUUACAUGUUGGAUGCUUCUCGGGGAGUCUUAAAAGCAAUUUGCGUUGCUCUCCAUCUUUUGACUCUGAUUCAAGAUUGAUUUGGCAAGAAAAAAGUGAUCAGCUGAGAGAGAUUAGCUCUGGCUAUCCAUCCACAUCAGAAUGGACGCCAACAUUAAAUUCUCCCUCUCUAAUUGGAGCUUUAUGGCUCUCAGAAGUACUGCAUCCUGGUACUUGCAUGAGGCCAUCUUCAAAAGAAAAUAAAAUAAAUAAGCUAUCCAGCGCCUCAAUCUGGAGAGACUCACAGACACCUGGUUCCUUGAGGUGCCGCUUGCCCUUUGCAUGGAAAUCUUGGACUGGCAGCAGAGCACAUAAUUCUUACUUUAAAAUUAUUCCGAGAUAAAUGCAACCUAUUUAAGAAGACAGCUUUUCUGAGAAAACAUUCUUUUGUAUUAGGAGCCUAACCAUGUAGAUGGGUGGAGGUUGCUUGUGGGCUGAGCCUACACCAAAUGCAUGCCUGCCAAGGCUCACACUGCAAGUGGAGUUCCACUGGGAAUUGCCACCCUUUCCCCUGUAGCUCCUCCUUGCUGUUACCACAUGUUCGGUACUUCUCCCAACUAUGCAAGCAGCAACAAGGACUAGGAGAAACACCACCAGCUUCCAUUUUCUGUAAAAUAACCGUAUGAGCUUGAUGAAGAUGGGGCUUAGAGUGGAGGUGUCGGACAUGCAGUCCUCCAGAUAUUUUGGCCUCGAACUCCCAGAAGUCCUAGACAACUUGUCCAAUGGCCAGAAAUUCUGGGAGCUAAAACCCAAAACACCUGGAGGGCCACAAGUUUGACACCACUGUCUUAGAGGGAGAGGUCAACCAAAUGGGGCAGGAGUUAUAGUAGCUGGGAUGGGGUUUCACUUGGAGAUGUGAGGGCAUGUUGCCCAAGGAUAUCCCACAUCUGCAAAUGUCCAUGUCUUAGGAUACAGUGGUAUUUUCAUUGCUAACAUUCUUAAUGAAGAAGUGAGAUUUGGUCACUAAUGUAAAAAUGGGAUUAUUCAAAGAUAGCCAUCAUUUUGGUGAUGAUUAUUGUGAGGCAGUGCCCCUUCCACUGGCCUAUUAGCCCAGUUCAUAAGAACCACAGCGGUCCAUUGAUUCAGUAUGACUAGUACAUGCUGAAAGAGUCCAUGUGUACAGCUGGUGUUUUUGCACUUGCUAAGAGAUUUCUUUGCCCUUUCACAUUAAAUAGGACCAUGCACUGGAGACACGCAUACCCCCGACCCCAACCUCCAUGGUUACCUUUGGAAAAUAUUGGUAUAGGGACUGCAUUUGGGAGGGGAGAAUCCAGCAAUAACCCACCAGAUGAAAAAUGCCAACUCGUGCUCUCUUCUAUGGAUUCCAGCCAACAGGUUUAGGAACUGCGUGAUAGCUAUUAAAGCAGCAGCUUAGUGACUUUCUGGAAGAAAUACAAGUCCAGAAAGAACAAAGUCUGAAUUAUAUGUGGUGGAUGUGUUUGUCAUUUAUGAAUUUCCUUCUUCUUCUUUGUAGAAGUGUUUUCUCUCUAAUGGGUUUCCAUUACUUUGUUUAUAAAACUAUAAAGAAAUAGACUGGGUUAAUAUUGAUUUAGUGGUUAAAGGUAAGACAUGUGCUUAAGAUGAUGUAGCAAAAAAACCCUUUAAAAUGUUUGCUCAACAACACCUAAAUGGAAUAUUUUAUUUUAUUUUGUGGCAUUAUAUGCAACGGGAAAGCCCCAAGGAAUGUAAUAUAUUCAUAGCUAAGGCUGUGGUAUAUAUCAUAUUUUCAAAGCUGCAUAUGCAUAUAUAAAUAUAUAUAGGAUAUAAAGAGAUGUAGGCAGAAUUCAUUAGUAUUUUAUGCAUCUCAAGAAUUGCUGUAGCCACUUUGUAGUUAAGACACUUGGUUCCAACAUUUCAAGAACAACCAUACCAUGAACCUCUUACACUUCACAUCGGAAAUAAAUAUAUACUCACUUCAUGUUUGAACUUGAGUUUCUAGAUGCUGCGCAAUGUCUGUUUCAACUUCAAUUAGUUCUAAUGUUUAGCUUCCCUGAAGCUAAAAUGUUCCUUUGACAGUGGAAACCAGGGUGGUGCAGUGAUUUAAACAUUGGACUAUGACUCUGGAGACCAGGGUUUGAAUCUCCAUGCAGUACCUCCCCAAACUACCUUAUAGAAAGUUUCUAUGUUGCCAAGAGAGCAGGGGGAUGAAUGGGAAUGCAUCCAACUAUUUUCCUGUAGCUGGGGACACAUCAUCACCUACAAAUGUCUGUUGCAGUGUAUCCAGUUCAUCCUCUGCUCUCGGGUAACAUAGAAACGGUUGUGUUGAGGGCUGUGCAUUAGAAGCCUUAGCUGUGAGGAUGCAACUAUGGUGCCGUCUACACUGAUCAUUUAAUGGAAGUUAGCUUCAACUAUGAUGCACAUGUCUCCCAAUCCAGGAUCUCAGCCAACAUGUUACUUUACCAAUUCUCCCUUCUAUGGGAUCAGUUAAAGCCUUGAUAGGUAAUGCCUUGAAGGGUGAGCCUUAGAAUUGCACCACAGAAGCACCAGCCUUCAUUGAUUGACACUUGGGUUGAAUGCCAACAAUUUGAUCAAGGGAUGAUUCACAUCUCUGUGCUCAUCACUUGAUUUCUCAUCGUCAUUUGGUGACUCAGAACUUAAUUACUCCCAGUCUGGCUCUAUGCUGAGUUCAACACAACUCUGACAAAGUUACCUUUUGGGUUCCCAGAGUCGCCCAGCCACAUAUUCACUGGCUAUGUUAGGCAAGGGAAUGUGAGAGUAGUGUUUGAAAAAAAUGGAACUUUCCAAAUCAAUGAGCUUCAAACCACUAAAGAUAAAGGUAAAAGUUUCCUCCUGACAUUAAAUCUAGUUGUGUCCGACUCUUGAGGGUUGGUACUCAUAUCCAUUUCUAAGCUGAAGAGCCAGUGUUGUUUGUAGACAACUCCAAGAUCCUAGCAUGACUGCAUGGAGUGCUGUCACCUUCAGAGCGGUACCUACUCACAUUUGCAUGUUUUUGAAUUGCUAGGUUGGCAGAAGCUGGGACUAACAGCAGGAGCUCACCCUGCUCCCCAGAUUCGAACCACCAACCUUUUGGUCAGCAAGUUCAGCAGCUCAAUGUUUAAUCCGCUGGGCCACCGGGGGCUCCCUUUAAAACCCCUAACUGCAUAAAAUCAGGCAAGUAGUCUGGAUAUAAAUCAUCUCAAGUUUAAAUUUCUUUCUUUGGGUUGGCAUUUGAAUGAUAGGAUCCAUAAAGACAAGUCAUCAUCAUCAGCAAGAAAUCCCCAGACGUAUUGCUCUAAUUCCACCCUUGCACAAACAUAACCUAGAAUGCUGCCCUGGAAUUACAAGGGAGUGUCCAAGAAUAACUUGGCAACAUCCAAAAGGUAAAGGUGAAGGUUUUCCCCUGACAUUAAGUCUAGUUGUGUCUGACUCUGGGGGCUGGUGCUCAUCUCCAUUUCUAAGCCGAAGAGCUGGGGUUGUCCGUAGACACCUCCAAGGUCAGGUGGCCGGCAUGGCUGCAUGGAGCGCCAUUAUUGGAUGGCAACUUCCAAAACUGUAUCAUAACUGUUCCGAAAUAGGGAUAUGAGUUACAGGGUCACUCCGCAGCAUUUUCACUCUGAAACGACUAUAUUCCUUCAGGUAGAUCUAGAAGAGUGAUUUCCAGUCUCUGGUCCUUCAGCUGUUUUGUAUUUCAGGUUCCAGAAGCCCAGACCAUUAGCCCAGCUGGCUUGGACUGAAGUCCAAAAUUUUCGAAGGGCCAAAGUUUGGCAACCACUGAUCUGCGAUAUAGGAAACAUCAGUGGCAGGCCUGCUUGUUUUUACAGAGUUUAGAAGUUACUCUUUGGAAUUCAUCUCCAAGUCCAUGGUCAAUACACCUGCAUGCUGGCUAAAGGAUUCUGGAAGUUGUAGUCCAAACAAGUUUUUUUCUACACACAAAUCCUAGCAAAUAAAACAAGCAACCUGAUUGUAGGAACUGUUUCAACCAGAACAGCAGAAACAGGAGUAAAGCAGCAUCGACACACAUAGAGCCUAGCAUCAUGGUGCUGCUUCUCUUCUCCCUUCACAUCCUGUGUGAUGCUUUUUCUUUUCUGCCCUAAUCUCAGCACAGAGGUCUGUGAUCUUAAACCCUGUAUUUCAUGCACUCUUUAGUUUCCUAAUUGUCAAUUAUGGAUUGAGGAACUCAAAUAAUCUCAGUGAAGAUUAAAAGUCAUUGUUCACAAUGACUUUUUUAAAAGAUGAAAGGAAUUGUACAACACCGAUGCUGCUACACAACCAAUUAUUUAAGCAAAGUGUACUUCGUUGUUACCACUCAAUCCCAAGGUUUUUCAAAGCUGCUUUAAAUGUCUUUUGAAGUACGUAGUCAGAAGUAGGGAGGUGCUGCCAUGGGAUGCUUUCUUGUGUCUGCUGGGCUUCUCCGUAUCUUAAUCAACUGUGUGCCAGAGAGGUCCAGGUACCUUUGAUAGUUUGUGUCUUUAAAAAAAAAAACAUCAAUUGUGUUCCUUCCCCCACUCUCCUCUCUGCUGCAGAAUUGUACAUUAUUGUGGCUGCGCUCACUAAGGACAGUUGAUGUUGCUAAUAUCCAUGGGAAACAGGUUUAGAAAGUGUGAAUGUAUAUAAAAGCUUGUCCUCGUUUUUCUUUUUUUCCACCAUGACCUGACAGUGUUUCCUCCUUUUUCUCCCUUGGUACAUUAUUAUGGUUUAGAAUGAAAAGUAAAAAUUAUUCCAAAUCAUCUAUUCAGCACUUUCAGCCUGCAUUGUCCUUUGUAAUUUCCUUCACUAUUCCUCAGACAGCUUCCUUGCGAAAUAAGCCCAUCUCGUUUUUGCAGCUGGGAACAAAGGCUCACAUUGCAACCACAUUUACACCAGGACUUAUGAGACUCCAGAUGUUUUUGAGGCCCUAUUCCUAUUGGCCCAGGCGAUGUGAGGUACGAUGGAAGCAAAAGUUCAGCAACUUGUGGAAGAGCAAAUGUUCUCCACUUUUGCUAUACCAAUAAACCCAGCUUCACUUACCCACAGUUUGACUUAUUCACUUAGGACUUCCUGUACAAGCUACACUCUUUUCAUCUUUCAUCCCAUUGAAAAUAUUUUUCUUUGUGUCAGGAGUGACUUGAGAAACUGCAAGUCACUUCUGGUGUGAGAGAAUUGGCCAUCUGCAAGGACGUUGCCCAUGGGACGCCAGAUGUUUUAUCAUCCUUUGGGAGGCUUCUCUCAUGUCCUCCCAUGGGAAGCUGGAGCUGACAGACGGAGGCUCACCCUGCUCCCCGGAUUCAAACUGCCCACCUUUCGAUCAGUAGUCCUGCUGGGUUUAACCCAGGCAUGGGCAACCAUCAGCCCUCCAGCUGUUUUGGACUUCAACUCCCACAAUUCCUAACAGGCAAUAGUUUGACCAUGCCUAGAAUCAUAGAAUCAUAGAAUAGUAGAGUUGGAAGAGACCACAUGGGCCAUCUAGUCCAACCUCCUGCUAAGAAGCAGGAAAUCGCAUUCAAAGCACCCCCGACAGAUGGCCAUCCAGCCUCUGCUUAAAAGCCUCCAAGGAAGGAGCCUCCACCACGGCCCCGGGGAGAGAGUUCCACUGUCGAACAGCUCUCACAGUGAGGAAGUUCUUCCUGAUGUUCAGGUGGAAUCUCCUUUCCUGUAGUUUGAAGCCAUUGUUCCGUGUCCUAGUCUGCAGGGCAGCAGAAAACAAGCUUGCUCCCUCCUCCCUAUGACUUCCCUUCACGUAUUUGUACAUGGCUAUCAUGUCUCCUCUCAGCCUUCUCUUCUGCAGGCUAAACAUGCCCAGCUCUUUAAGCCGCUCCCCAUAGGGCUUGUUCUCCAAACCCUUAAUCAUUUUAGUCGCCCUCCUCUGGACGCUUUCCAGCUUGUCAACAUCUCCCUUCAACUGUGGUGCCCAAAAUUGGACACAGUAUUCCAGGUGUGGUCUGACCAAGGCAGAAUAGAGGGGAAGCAUAACUUCCCUGGAUCUAGACGCUAUUCCCCUAUUGAUGCAGGCCAGAAUCCCAUUGGCUUUUUUAGCAGCCGCAUCACAUUGUUGGCUCAUGUUUAACUUGUUGUCCACGAGGACUCCAAGGUCUUUUUCGCACACACACUGCUGUCAAGCCAGGCGUCCCCCAUUCUGUAUCUUUGAUUUCCAUUUUUUCUGCCGAAGUGAAGUAUCUUGCAUUUGUCCCUGUUGAACUUCAUUUUGUUAGUUUUGGCCCAUCUCUCUAGUCUGUCAAGAUCGUUUUGAAUUCUGCUCCUGUCUUCUGGAGUGUUAGCUAUCCCUCCCAGUUUUGUGUCGUCUGCAAACUUGAUGAUCGUGCCUUCUAACCCUUCGUCUAAGUCGUUAAUAAAGAUGUUGAACAGAACCGGGCCCAGGACGGAGCCCUGCGGCACUCCACUUGUCACUUCUUUCCAUGAUGAAGACGACGCAUUGGUGAGCACCCUUUGGGUUCGUUCGCUUAGCCAAUUACAGAUCCACCUAACCAUAGUUUUGUCUAGCCCACAUUUUACUAGUUUGUUUGCCAGAAGGUCGUGGGGGACUUUGUCGAAGGCCUUACUGAAAUCCAGGUACGCUACAUCCACAGCAUUCCCUGUAUCGACCCAACUCGUAACUCUAUCGAAAAAAGAGAUCAGAUUAGUCUGGCAUGACUUGUUUUUGGUAAAUCCGUGUUGACUAUUAGCAAUGACCGCAUUUGUUUCUAAGUGUUUGCAGACCACUUCCUUAAUGAUCUUUUCCAGAAUUUUGCCUGGUAUUGAUGUGAGGCUGACCGGACGGUAAUUGUUUGGGUCGUUCUUUUUUCCCUUCUUGAAGAUAGGGACCACAUUCGCCCUCCUCCAAUCUGCUGGGACUUCUCCCGUUCUCCAAGAACUCUCGAAGAUAAUUGCCAGUGGUUCUGAAAUAACUUCCGCUAGUUCCUUCAGUACUCUUGGGUGUAGCUGAUCUGGCCCUGGGGACUUGAAUUCGUUUAGAGAGGCCAAGUGUUCCUGGACAACUUGUUUCCCUAUUUGGGGUUGGAUUUCCCCCAAUCCUUCGUCCAUUCCGUGUUGCUGAGUUAAACCCAUUGUGCCAGUGGGGGCUUCUCAUUGAAAAUAAUAAGGUACACUAAUAUACACAAUUUCACGUAUCCAUGCAAAGUCCAGGAAUGUAUCCCCUGUAUAAAUGGGGGCAUAUUGUAUAUACUUAUCUGGAUGCUACUGAACUCAAUGAGAUGUCAAAGAUGUGCAAUUCUUAGCAUUGUCCUGAUAACAUUUUCCCCAAAUCCGUGUAAUAACUAGCUAGAAAAUGAGGCAAUGUGACUCAUUAGGGACGUCUGCUGGGGCCAAAAAACAGCCAUGUGGAUUGCAUGUUGUCCUUCCGACUCUGGCCAUACAGGAACCAAUUUGGCUAAUUUGCGGAACAUCUUUUAAAUUAUUUUUAAAUGGGUGUCUAUUUGAAGCUGUUUCAUUCCUUUACCUCUUGAAGCUUUCUUUUAGUUCUAAAAACAGGUCAGCUGAUUUUUUUUCCACAAUGCAGUACCACUAUCCCCACUAGAAGCCUGUUUUCACUCUCUUGCCACCAAAGCAUGAACACCAAUAACACACCAUCAGAGGGAUACGGGCAUUCUGCAUAUGUCUCCCUGAAUCCCCUUAACCCCUCACUCUCUGUGCUUUGUGGAUGAAUAUUACUCAAUGCAAAAAGAAAGGCUACAGAUGACGGGGAAGCCACUCAUAAAGGAGUCCCCAUUGACAGCAUGAAUGGCCUUCUGCAAUGAACUGCACUAUUGGCUGUGCUGGUUAUUUAUUUACAGUAUUUAUAUUCCGCCCUUCUCAUCCCGAAGGGGACUCAGGGUGGAUCACAGAACACAUAUAUGGCAAACAUUCAAAGCCGAUUAUAACAAUGACAAGACAGACAACACAUAGAGGUAUAUAUAUAUAUAUAUAUAUAUAUAUAUAUAUAUAUAUAUAGAGAGAGAGAGAGAGAGAGAGAGAGAGAGAGAGAGAGAGAGAGAGAGAGGCUUUCCCAUCUUUCGGCAUCUUUGGAGGCUGUGCUCGGUUCUGGCCACCGGGGGGUGCUGUCGCUCCAUCUCCCUGCCGAAGAGCUUUCUUUGUUUGUAAACUUCCUCUUUUUUCUGAUCGAAACGCCGAGCCUAAAUCCCUCCCUGCUUUUUAAUGCACUUCCAAUUUAUCUUCUCACAUUUGUUUUCGAAUUUCUAGGUAGGCAGAAGCUGUGCAAAAAGGUCAGGAGCUCACCCUGACCUGGGCUUCGAACUGUCAAUCUUCUAGUUGGCAAGAUUUAUUGCAGCUUGUUGUGCUAAAGCCCGGCCCGGCUUGGUUAGAGCUGAUGGGAGUUGCAGUCCAAUACUGAAAGGGUCAUAAGCUACUACUCUCUGUAAGGAAGGGGAUCACUGUACCUAUUGAAUGAAUUACAGCUGUCUUUUUUCUUCUAUCUGAAUAUUAUUUAACACCAGCCUCUUUGUAAUAUACAGAUCUGAGUUUUAUUUCAGUGUUUUGGAUGUUGUAUGUAAAAAUAAAAAUAAUAGUUUGCCUGUAUAUUAUCAUUUAUUAAAACAAGUACAUUCUUUUUGUUUUGAAGUUGUCAUAAAUCAUGUUGUCAUUAAGCAUUCCAGCUAAUUUUGUGAGAAAAAAAAUAAAGCACACUAUGAGAA